CGUUGAAAGUUCUCUCUUGUCGUCCGUCAGUGUCACUGAUGAUGGAUCGUAGUCAAAAGAUACCAUAUCGUCAACAUUGUGCGGAUUGAUGCUUAAAUAUUUACGUUCGCGUAUGGUUUAUGUGUUGUUAGGUAAAAUCAAAGUUUAGUUGUGCUAUUCAAAUGAGUUUUGCGUGAAAAGGUGGUUCCAAAAUGCGGAUGUCGAUCAACACCCCGGAGGACUGUACCAUCAACGAGCAGUUCAUCAAACUGGUGCACGAAACACCUAUUCUGUGGAACUUGCACCUGCCGCUCUAUCGGAACCGGGAAAUAAAAGACCAAAAAUGGGCCGAAGUUGGGGCCGUAUUUAAUCUUAGUGGCACUGAAGCAUACAAAAAGUUUGUAGCCUUGCGUGAAAAGUACAAACGCGAGCAGAAACUACGCGAAAGUAAAAGUAUUGCACAGACCGAAUGUUGGCGACUGUACGAUAAGCUGAAAUUCCUCGAUACGGUAUCUUUUUCGCGCGAUCGACGGUGGAGUAAACCAAAGGUUGUGAUUCGGCGUCAGAAUGGGUUUGGGGUAUCGACAGCUCUCACGCGACAGGACCUCUCCACAUUGCUGGUGAAGAGCGAGUUUCCCGAGAUGCAUAUGGAAUCUAUACCGACAUCUCCAAGCUACCAGAUGUCCGGGGAACCUUCGGAGAAUGAGUCUAGUGAAGCGUACCAGGAUAAUUCCGACUACUAUAAUGAUUCAACCAUGCAGGGAGCACACUCGGAAGAACCGGAUGGGCCGGAUUAUGCGGAGAAGAUCGAGAGUAUGCCGGAUGUGCAUCCCGUGGCAUCGACGUCCAGCACUUCUAUCCAGCAUCAUCAGCAGCAGUUUUUGAACCGACUUGAGAGUAAGACUAACGCAAUUUUGGACGAUCACGAGAAGCGAAAGAGCAGUUGGGUGCGAUGUGAGACACUGGGUCAUAGGGUGGCCCAAACUAUGCACACUUUGGAAGAACACGAUCCAGAUUUGGCACUCAAGUUUGACAUUAUGUUAAGUGAAGCUAUUACUAGUAUUAAGAAGGAUCAGCUGCAAAGGUUGAUAGCUAGACAGGACCAACAACGGGAGGAUGAUGAGCAGCGAAAACGCUUAGAAACGGUGCGAUUACAGCAGCAACAAAUUAUGCAGAUGCAACAAAGACAACAGCAAAAUACAGACAAUGACACUACUUGACUUUUGGAUUAAAGGUAAGUUCAAUGUAUCUCUUGUCAUCCGACUUCGAUGACUGACUAAUUUUGCGAAAAGGGCAUUUAUCUUCGAAAAAGAUACACAUAAAAGUAAAUGUGCAUAAUUGGAUGCGAGAAAUCGGUCUAGUAAUGCUUCUUGAGCUUCUCCAGAAUCUAAGACAUAUUAAAGUAUCUAGGUUAACCAAAA